AGAGGAUUUCAGAAUCAAAUCGUUACACGUCUUCGACCACCAUUUCUUCAACCUCCACGUCUGACUUUCUUGGCUGCCCAUCGCUCAUUCCAAAGCCCUAGUUUUCGAUUAUUUCUUCCAUACCUUGAGAACUCACUUUUACAAUUCUAGCUUCAUCGGCGAAGUUCACUCAAUAUUCACCCAUUUUCUUCUGCGAUCUAAUGAUGAGGGGAAAACCCAGUGUUUUUCUCUCCGUUUGUUUCCUUCUUUGCGUCUCUUGUUUCGGUAGAUUCGUUGUCGAGAAGAACAGCUUGAAGGUAACUUACCCAGAUUCUAUCAAGGGUGUUUAUGAAUGUGCGAUUGGGAAUUUUGGGGUUCCUGAAUAUGGAGGCACCAUGACUGGCAUCGUGCAUUAUCCUAAAGCUAAUCAGAAGGCGUGCAAGAGCUUUGAUGAUGUCGGUAUCUCUUUCAAGUCCAAACCUGGAAGUCUUCCUACUUUUGUUCUCGCUGAUCGAGGAGAUUGUUACUUCACCCUGAAGGCGUGGAAUGCACAAAACGGUGGAGCUGCAGCAAUUCUUGUUGCAGAUGAUAGACUCGAACCCUUAAUCACCAUGGACUCUCCGGAAGAAGCGAAAGCAGAUGCCAAUUACCUAAAAGACAUUACCAUUCCUUCUGCUCUUAUUAGCAAAAGUUUGGGGGAUGAGAUCAAGAAAGCUCUAUCUAACGGGGAGAUGGUCAAUAUAAAUCUUGAUUGGACAGAAGCUCUUCCACAUCCUGAUGAUCGUGUUGAGUAUGAAUUUUGGACAAAUAGCAAUGAUGAGUGUGGGCCAAAGUGUGAUAGUCAGAUUGAGUUUGUGAAAAAUUUCAAAGGAGUAGCUCAGACCCUUGAGCAGAAAGGGUACACUCAAUUUACUCCCCAUUAUAUAACUUGGUAUUGCCCGGAUGCUUUUACUUUGAGUAAACAAUGCAAAACUCAAUGCAUCAAUCAUGGGAGAUACUGUGCACCGGAUCCUGAGCAGGAUUUCAGUAAAGGAUAUGAUGGAAAGGAUGUAGUCGUUCAAAAUCUACGCCAAAUUUGUUUCUUUAAAGUUGCUAAUGAAUCUGGAAAGCCUUGGCUGUGGUGGGACUUUGUCACUGACUUUUCAAUUCGUUGUCCCAUGAAAGAAAAGAAGUACAACGAGGAAUGUGCCAAUGAAGUUAUUAAAUCCUUUGGAAUCGAUCUUAACAAGAUUAAAGACUGCAUUGGAGAUCCAGAGGCAGAUGUGGAAAACCCAAUACUUAAAGCUGAACAGGAUGCACAGAUUGGUAGGGGCUCCCGUGGCGAUGUUACCAUAUUGCCGACUCUUGUUAUAAAUAACAGACAGUAUAGAGGCAAGCUGGACAGAGGAGCAGUUUUGAAGGGCAUUUGUUCUGGAUUUCAGGAGACGACAGAGCCUGCAAUUUGUUUAACUGAAGACGUGGAAACAAAUGAGUGUUUGACAAACCAUGGUGGUUGCUGGUUCGAUAAGGAAGCAAAUAUUUCUGCAUGCAGGGAUACAUUUCGGGGAAGAGUUUGUGAAUGUCCUACUGUUGGAGGUGUGAAGUUUGUUGGUGAUGGCUACACUCAUUGUGAAGCUUCAGGAGCUUUACGCUGUGAAAUAAAUAAUGGGGGUUGUUGGAAGGGCACCCAUGAUGGCAAAACUUACUCUGCUUGCUCUGAUGGCCAUACAAAGGGCUGCAAGUGUCCUCCAGGAUUCAAAGGUGAUGGAGUCCACACGUGUGAAGAUGUGGAUGAGUGCAAGGAGAAGCUAGCAUGCCAGUGCCCAGAGUGCAAGUGUAAGAAUACAUGGGGCAGUUAUGAAUGCAGUUGCAGAAAUGGUUUACUGUAUAUGCACGAACACGAUACAUGUAUAGGUAACAUUGGGAGCACUGUGACAAGCUGGAGCGUUGUUAAGAUUGUUAUCCUUGUGUUAGCCAUCACUGGGAUCGCGGGAUAUGCAAUUUACAAAUACAGAAUCCGGAGGUAUAUGGAUUCGGAGAUACGGGCUAUCAUGGCUCAAUAUAUGCCCUUGGACAGCCAAGGAGAGACUGCUAGUCACGUUGCCCGUGGGGGCGUAUGAUAUAGUGACUUCAUUGAAAGAUUCAGCUUUUGGACCAUUGUGGAGCUGACUACUUCAUGAAACUUGUGAGGUUCGAAGCUGAGGGCAUCUUAGGUUGAUGCAGCAGCAUGUCGGUUGGUUGUAAAUUAUGUGUAGCUAAGCUUAGCUGAGGUUUAUAUAGUGUAGUUCUGUUGCCAUAUGUGAACUAUUGCAGAUUCUAUCUAUCCUUUUUCUUCACUCCCACGUCUGAAAACACCUGUGAUCACAUAACAGGGGCCUAUAAUGUAUUUUAUUUGCGUCG